AUGCUCAAGUCAAACAAAAUUCGAGAGCAUUAUGGAAUUCAAAGAGUCGAGGUCAUAUUUCAAACAAUCGAUAAAAUUAAUCGGGAUCAAGAGUUAUUGAAGGAUAUAAAAUUAGGUGUGGAAAUUCGUGAUUCAUGCUGGUAUGCCCCGAUAGCACUUCAACAAACCAUUGAACUUAUUCGCGACUCCAUUAUUCCACAUCAAAGUAAAAGUACAUUAAGUCAACAUCACUCACAAUGUUCAAACAAUUUUGAAAAUGAAAUUCAUCCAAAUGACGAUGCAACUUUAAUUGGCAUAGUUGGACCAGCUUCUAGUUCAAUUGCACUUCAGGUCCAAAAUUUACUACAAUUAUUCUCAAUACCACAAGUUGGCUAUUCAACAACUUCAAAAGACUUGUCAGACAAGGCAAGAUUCUCUACAUUUAUGCGCGUUGUUCCAUCAGAUUAUUAUCAAGCGCAGGUCAUGGUUGAUAUCGUUAAAAUUAACAACUGGACUUACAUUCAUACUGUUCAUACAGACGAAAAUUAUGGACAGAGUGGAAUACAAGCGUUUCGUGAAUUAGCUGAUAAGAAUAACAUCUGCAUAGCGAAAGAAGACUCGAUUCUCAGUAAUGACGACGAUGAAAAGUUUCAGGAGCUAAUAAGGAACUUGGAAGAAGAUGAGAAAGCUCACGUUAUUGUAUGCUUUUGUGAAGGUUUAACAGUUCGGAAAUUACUUAUGGCAAUCAAAUAUUUGAAUUUGACGAAUAAUUUUAUCAUUAUCGGAAGUGAUGGAUGGGCAGAUAGACAGGAUGUCGUAACAGAUUAUGAAGCACAAGCGGUUGGCUCAAUUUCUAUUAGAAUCCAUUCACCAUACCUUCAUUCUUUUGACGACGAGUAUCUAAAACUAGAUCCAUUCAACAAUAGCCGAAAUCCUUGGUUUAGGGAAUUUUGGGAAGAUAAAUUUCAUUGUAAAAUGCCAUUAAAUAGAAUUGUGACUACGACAACAACAGAACUUCCAAUCACAUUAAAUGAUAAUGAUACAGAAAUCGAUCCAGAAUAUUUAAUGGCUCUUCCAGUCACUGCUCAAAAAACUCCAUAUUGCACAGGCCAUGAAAAUUUGAGCAGGAAUCACAAACAAGAGCCAAAAUUGAGCUUUCUCGUAAAAGCAUUGUACACAUAUGCGUAUGCUUUACAGGCUUAUAAGGAUGAUAUUUGCGGAAGAGAUUAUGUUGGAGCGUGUCAAAAUCUCAAAAAAUCAUUUAAUCACUCAUUAUUUUUCAACUACUUAAUGAAUGUGUCAUUUACGACAAACGAGAAGGAUUUAAUCGAGUUUAAUCAGGAAGGCGAUGUCACUGCUCGUUAUGACAUAAUGAAUUUUCAACUGAAUAAAGAUGGAACUUAUGACUAUGUACAGAUUGGUGACUGGAUCAAUCAUACAUUAAAUUUAUUCAAACCACUCCAAUCACCUCCCAAUGUGGUGUUUGUGAAGUCAGUUUGUUCUGAUCCAUGCCCAAAAGGAUAUUAUAAGAUUCAAGAUACCCCAGAGCAACAAAACUGCUGUUUCAAUUGUGCACCAUGCGAUGACAAUCAAUACCUCAAAAAUGAAACGCAUUGUGAGAAUUGCAAGGAAGGUUGGUGGCCAAAUGCAGAUCAGACAGAAUGUGUUGAAAAUCCAAUCGAGUAUUUAGAAUGGACUGACACUGAAUCUAUCAUAUCCAUAUCGUUCUCAAUUUUCGGGACUAUUUUAUCAGCAAUUGUUCUCAUCAUUUUCAUCCAUUAUAAUAAUACACCAGUUGUUAAAGCAUCAACUCGUGAGCUAUGCUACAUAGUACUUUGUGGCAUGAUUAUGUCUCAUUUAUCAAUAUUUUCAAUACUUGCUCAUCCAACAACUAAAAUUUGUGCGCUGUCCAGAACAUUGCCAGGCAUUUCAUUCUCAAUGAUUUAUGGAAGCUUGCUGAUCAAGACUAAUAGAAUCUCGAGACUUUUGGCAAUAUCCAAGAAACGAUUUCCAACAAAGAAACUUAAAUUUAUGUCACCGCUCUCACAGAUUGUUCUUGCAUUUCUUUUAGUCACGAUUGAGAGUAUCAUAGCCAUAGGAAUGUUAAUAAUAGAACAGCCAGAAAUUGAAUUUCAAUACCCGCGACAUUUACAAACAAUUCUGGUCUGUAAAGAAUCUCCAUUAACAAUUCUCGCGCCACUCACAUUCAUUUUCAUUCUGAUUCUAUUGAAUGUAUUCUUUGCCAUCAAAACCCGAAAUGUUCCUGAAAACUUCAAUGAGACGAAAUUUGUCGGUUUUGCAAUCUACACAACAUGCAUAAUUUGGUUGGCAUUCUUUCCAAUUUAUUAUGGUAGUGAAAUGCAAAUAAUUACAAAAUGCUUGUGUACAUCACUCUCAUCAAUAAUGACGUUGGCCUUUAUGUUCUUUCCGAAAAUUUACAUCAUUUUAUUCCAUCCUGAAAAGAAUGUUCGUGCAUUAUUUACAACAUCGAAAUCUAUACGAUGUCAUAUUGGUGCUACACGACAUUCAAACAUUUCACAGAAAACAUCAAAUUCUAUAUCGAGUGUUCAUGUUCCAUCGUCGACGGAUAUAGAAUCAUCAGGCAUUCAUCAACAACGUUCAUUUAAAAAGUCAUCAUAUUGUCAAACAUCAAUCGAGAAGCUUUCAAUUCAAAAAGUUGACACUUCGUCAUCGCCAAUAAAAGAUGAGAUGUUUGACUACUUCUAUCCAGAUCAAAGAAUCACAUUUUAUAGAAGUGAACCUGUUGAUCAUAAUGGCUAUAGAGUAGACGAGAGAAGAUAUUACGAUUAUAGAAAAGUUCCCACUUCACCAUCACAUGUGAAACUUAAGAGAAAUAAAAUUUAUGUCAAAGAUGUUAACAGCAAUGGAAACGUUCAUACAAUGAAGCAAAAGAGCAAGCAUAAAAUAAAAUCGAGGAAGGGAAAUGUAAGCAUUUAUGACAAUCAUCAAAAACCAAUUUACUGUGUCGAAUGUAUGGAGUUAGAGAAACAAAAUCAACAACUAAUUAGACAGAAUCAUGUCAAUGAGAAUGAACAUUUAAUGACUACAAAGAUGUCAAUGAAAUCGCAGAUUUUUACAGUCGGGAAACUUCCAUUAGACUCUAAUCUUAGAAAUGAGAAGAAGAAAAUAGCGAUAAGUGAAGAAAGCUUGUCGGAAUGCUCCAUUAGUGAUACUGCAUGUAAACUUAAAAGGAUAACAAUCCAACUCAACUGAUUCUUUGAAACUAUUUUAUGAACAUAGUCAAGUAGCUAGUUAGACAGUGACCUUUUAAAACUGAUAAUGUUAACAUUUUAGAAAAUCAAAUUUUUAAGGACCAUUCAAAAAGUAGUGAAAAAUUGAUCUUUGUAGGAAAUCUUUUUAAUUAAACUUGAUAGUUACUCAAUCAGUUUCAAAACAUGUGCCAAUAACUAUUUUUCUCUUGAUCAAGUCUUUAAGUUUUAAUUAAAUUCCAUUUAGUGAUAAACUUUAUGAAAAAAUCUUUUAAUUUUGCUAACAACUCUUAAU